AUGGUUCCAGAAAGACAGCACGGUGGCGGAGGAGGAGCACCACACGGCAUUCUCCUAGCCGUCGUUGUAGCUAUAGUGGUAAUCGUCCCUUUCCUUCUCGGAGAUCAAGGUGAAGCCGUCACCGAAGCUAUAUCGGAGCUCUUAAGUCCACUCGGUCUUCUUCUCUUACCAAUCAUCCUUCUCCUCACUAUUCAGUUCCUCUCCUCCGAACGCGGCUCGUUCAUCUCCGCUAUUUUUUCCACCGGCGAACCUGAUACCAUUCACCGUGUUAGUGGAUCUCCUUUCGGCGUCGCGCUCUUCCUCGUCAUCAUUCUUGUGCUUCUGUAUAACCGUUUUUCAAUCUUCGGUGGUGGCGACUCAGAUGACUGA